ACUAUCGAUAUAAAUGUCAUCACUAUUCUCUGUUAAAAUAUAGUAUAAUUAAAAAAUUAUUACUUUUUACAAAUGUACAUACAUUUUAUUCUAAAUAUAAAAAUAAAAAGCUGUUAAUAUCAAUUGCAUCAGAAAACUGAUUGCCGUUUUACAAUAGUACGAGCAUUUUGGCAUCGCCGACGAGAUAUAAACAGAUGCUAUAAUGAAAGGAAAAGCAAACUAACCAGUUGCACACAAUAAUUACUAUAUAUACUUAUGUAUAUGAUCAUAUGCUAUUCUCUGAAGAUUGGAAGAAUUUAUAGAUGAUAUCUACCUCAUAACAACAGAGCAAAUAUGAUUGGCCCCAGUUCACAAAUAAGCAAAAUAUUAUUAACACUACUGUUUCUGUUGAUAAUAUUUUAUGUGUUUAUGGAUGUUGAGCUUUAUCUGCGAAUUCACAACUAUGUUAUCGAUCGAAAUUAUCACAUAAAUACGACAACAACACUCUUAUCAUCAUCAUCGUCGUCAUCGUCAACGCUGGAACCCAUCCAAUACCAACCAAAUUUGGCAACCGAUCAAGGAUUUAGCAGGUCUUUGAAGCUACCCACCGCUGAAAAAGAGCAUCAUUAUGAGGAUUAUACGUGGAUAUCAUGCGACAUAAAUCCACUGUGUCAUGUAACAGUUAAGGCGAUAUUACUAGAUCAUACGAAUCAUUAUCUGUUCGCACCACUGGCCACAAUAUUUGACAAUGUGGUUGGCAUUUCCGCAUCCACGUUUAUUACUCCAAACAUGAUAUCAUUCUUUCAUGUGCUCGUCGCUUGUGUAUCGGGCAAACUUGUUGCAUCCGAUAGCCUUGGAUAUAGACGACUCGGAGUGCUACUCUUUCAAAUACGCACCUUUCUCGAUGAUCUAGAUGGCCAUGUUGCCAGAGUGAGAAAGCAUAUACGCGGCGAACGUUCAGAAGUUGGCACAUCGGGCUAUUAUGUGGAUGGUCUAUGCGAUGGACUCGGUUGCAUUGCUCUGAUAUUGGGCAUCUUCUUUUAUUUGAAAAACAAUCCACCUCGUCGUGGUUACUCCAUAAUACCAAUGAGCGAUACCAAAACUCCGGAGCCAACCAUGAUACCCAAAAUGAAGGCAACGACGCGCAAAGUGGCGAAAAAUGUGAUCAGUUUUACGGGCCAACUAUUACUUAGCUCGACGGCAUGGAAUCGUUAUAUAGCCGUCUAUCAGAAUAUGUUGGAGGGGCAGAAGGAUGUUAGUAGCAGUCAGUAUCAGUGCCAGACUUAUAUAUUUAAGUCGACAUUGUUCUUUUGUGUCGCCUGGAUGUGGCGCAUUGUUAAUGUACACGCAUUGUUGCAUUGCGUUCUGCUUAGCAUAUUUUGCGAUAAAUUGUGGGACUUUCUGCGAGCGAUACGGUACAGUGGUUACAUCAUUUUACUAGUUGCCAUUUGUUUAACGGAGAUGCACAUUUUGGAAGCCCAGAACUAUAUAUUUCACUCAGCAGCGUGCAGUAAUAUCUCACAGUGAUUUUAUUCUAUACACAAUGUAUGCGGUAUUUUAAAUAUUUUUGAAGUAGUGCAAGUUUGAGAACAACAACAACAAUGCCUUUUUAUACCCUGUAACCAUAAUUUUAAAUUGUGUUUCGUGUGCAAAAUAAAUCCCUAUAUAUAUGUGUAUAUAUAUUGUGAUUGUGCGAUUUAGAGUAAAUACUUUAGUAUGUAUCUGUCGAAUAAAUAAUUAUACAAGUAAAUAAAACGUUUUCAAAUUAAGUAUAA